AUCUUAUCGAUCAGAUCUACGAUCCGCCAUCUCACCCACCCAACAAAAAGUUGCUUGCCACUUAGCACUUGCAAUGGUCCCACCUACCUGUCUAAAGAACCAACAAUGUCGUCGCUCGCCGCCUCUCUCCGUGUCGCGACUGCGAGUCGUACCUUGCGUCCAGCAGCACGCUGUCUAGCCACCGCGAGCACCACGCCGAACCCCACCGCCACGGGCACAACCCCCGCCGCGGCGCCCGAGGGCAUCACUAAACGCCGCGCCACGACCUUCACCGACCGGCUGAAUACAGGCCCAUCCUUCGACGACUUCGUAUCCGGCGAGCCCGUCGCGCAGGACCCACGGAUCCGCACCGUGAUCAACAGCAAGGGCAAGGAGCUCGUCCGGCUGCCAUCAUGGCUCAAGACCUCCAUCCCCGUAGGCGGGAACUUCAAAAAGAUCAAGGACGACCUGCGGGGGCUGGGGCUGCACACAGUGUGCGAGGAGGCGCGUUGCCCGAACAUUGGCGAGUGCUGGGGCGGCGGCGAUAAGGCGGCCGCGACCGCUACCAUCAUGCUCAUGGGCGAUACGUGCACCCGCGGCUGCCGCUUCUGCAGCGUCAAGACGAGUCGUCGCCCGCCGCCGCUGGAUGUCCACGAGCCGGAGAAUACCGCCGAGGCGCUGAGUCGCUGGGGGCUCGGGUAUGUGGUGCUGACCAGUGUGGAUCGCGAUGAUCUGGCGGAUGGUGGCGCGAGGCAUUUUGCCGAGACGAUUAGGAAGAUCAAGCAGAAGGCGCCGAGUAUCAAGGUCGAGGCGCUGACCGGUGACUUCAUGGGCGAUCUGGAGUGUGUAAGGGAGGUGGCGCUGAGCGGGCUCGACGUGUACGCGCACAAUGUCGAGACGGUCGAGGAGCUCACGCCGUUUGUGCGGGAUCGCCGCGCGACGUUCAGGCAGAGUCUCGCGGUGCUGAAGAAGGCAAAGGAGAGCAAGGAGGGGCUGAUCACGAAGACGAGUAUCAUGCUGGGGCUCGGGGAGACGGAUGAGCAGUUGAUGGCGGCGCUGAAAGAACUGAGAGCUGUCGACGUCGACGUCGUCACCUUUGGCCAGUACAUGCGGCCUACAAAACGCCACAUGAAAGUUGAGGAGUACAUCACACCCGAGGCGUUUGAGCGAUGGCGGCUCAAAGCUCUCGAGAUGGGCUUCAUGUACGUGGCCAGUGGGCCGCUCGUGCGGAGUAGCUACAAGGCUGGUGAGGCAUUCAUCGAGAAUGUGCUCAAGAAGCGGGCGAGCCAGCGGGAUACCGCAAUUGCCGAGGAGCAAGGCGUGCUGAGCGAGAAGCGGGUGGAUUGAUCGGUGGUGGUUACGGACUUCUUUUUGGAGGCGGUGGGGCGGGCUUGUGUCUAAUCGUU